GUCCGGGCGCUUUGGAAAACGGAAGAGGAGGGGCAAGGGGCCAUGGCCGCUGUGGUAUCUCUUUGCAGUCGGUUGGGGAGGAGAAAGUCGACAGACUUCGUGAAUGCUGCUGUCUGCCUUACGGAUCCCGGGACUCAUGCAGUGCUGUGGAGAAGUUGUUCACAAUAUAAACAGGUAGCCAGCAACGAGGACCUUCCUGUUCCAAUGGAAAAUCCUUAUAAGGAGCCUCUGAAAAAAUGUAUCUUGUGUGAAAAACAUGUAGAUUAUAAGAAUGUGCAGCUUUUAUCCCAGUUUAUUUCUCCUUUUACUGGAUGCAUUUAUGGAAGGCACAUAACAGGUCUUUGUGGGAAGAAACAAAAAGAAAUUACAAAAGCAAUUAAGAGAGCUCAAAUACUGGGGUUUAUGCCAGUUACAUACAAGGAUCCUGCAUAUCUCAAAGACCCUAAAGUUUGUAACAUCAAAUACAGGGAGUAAAUUAUAUAAAGUUAUCAAUAAACUUAUCAAUAUUUGUGUGAUGAUAA